AUGCCUAUUCACGUCGGUAGCCUUUCUUCUAUGGCCACCUAUCAUGAAAAGCCACUUCCAGAUAUCUGCACAAUGUUCCUUGCUGAAUUCUAUCAGCAUUUCCAAGCCUUAAGGUUUGCACUGGAGGAGAUAAAUGGAAAUCCCACUCUCCUUCCUAACAAGACCCUGGGUUUUUAUGUCUAUGAUUCCUGUGCAGCUCUGAGAAGAGAGAUAGAGGGAACACUCUGGAUCCUGACUGGUAAGAGCCAGGCAAUACCAAACUAUUCCUGCAGGGAAAAACCUCCUCUGACUGCCAUCAUCGGCCACUCAAAGUCCACUUAUUCCAUCCUUAUGGCUCACAUCCUAGGACUGUACAAAUAUCCACAGAUCAGCUACUAUUCAACCAGCUCCCUCUUGAGCGACAGAGCGUUCUUCCCUUCCUUCUUCAGAACCGUUCCAAGUGAUGCCUUUCAGUUCCGGGGACUGGCAAAGCUGGUGUUGCAUUUCAAAUGGACGUGGGUGGGGCUGAUAGCUACUAAUGAUGAUUAUGGUAACGAAGCAAUAAAGACCAUCAAUGAGGAGAUAAUAAAGGGAGAAGCAUGUGUGGCCUACACGCUAUAUAUUACUUCCAACCUGGUCUCCAGAACGACAACAAACAUUGUAAAUAUCAUAAAGGAGUCAAGUGCCAAUGUGGUUAUAGCCAUCUCAGUUGGUGCCUACUUAGCGCCGAUUCUGGAAGAGAUGCUGAAACAGAAUCUACUACAUUAUUUUAAGAAUGUCCGGGUAAAGCUAAGCAACAAUAGGGAGAUUUUUUUUGAUAAGGAUGGAAACCCACCAGCUGUAUAUGACAUAGUCAACUGGCAGCCUGGGCCAGAUGGUUCCAUAAAGCAUGUGAAAGUUGGAAGCUAUGAUACUCUGAAUUCUUCUGGAGAUGUAUUUAGCCUUAAUAUAAACUCAGUAUGGUGGGGGACAGGAAACCAGGAGACUCCACGUUCUGUGUGCAGUCAGAGUUGCCCAGUAGGGUUUAAGAAGUUAGUAAAGAGAGGGGAACCUGUGUGCUGCUUUCAGUGUGUUCCCUGCGCCCAAGGAGAGGUCUCCAAUCAGACAGAUUCCAUUGAGUGCUGGAAGUGCCCCUGGGACAUGUGGCCCAACAGUGCAAGAAACAAAUGUUUUCUAAAGCUCACAGAGUUCCUUUCCUAUGAGGAUCCCCUGGGGUUGAUCCUAGCAGCUGUCAGUGCUUUCUCCUCUAUGGUUCCAAUGUCCAUCUUCCGUCUUUUUUUCCAGUAUAAAUCCACCCCGAUUGUGAGAGCCAAUAACUAUUCAGUGAGUUGUAUUCUCUUAGUAUCUCUGUCUUUCUGCUUCCUCUGUGCUUUGGCUUUCAUUGGUUACCCCCAACCUGAGAAGUGCCUUCUGCGCCAGGCGGCGUUUGGCCUUGUCUUUACCCUCUGUGUAUCCUGCAUUUUGGCCAAAACUGUUAUUGUUGUUUUUGCCUUCAUGGCCACUAAACCCGGGAGCAGCCUCAAAAAAUGGACAACUCCCCGUGUGCCCUACAUGAUCAUUACCAUCUGCACCUUCAUACAACUCACUUUGUGUGUAUUUUGGUUGACCAUCUUCCCUCCUUUCCUCCAGUUCAAUAUUGAAGCCAAACCUGGAAUCAUUAUUGUAGAGUGCAAUGAAAAUUCUCAGUUUGCCUUCUGGUGCAUGCUGGGAUAUCUUGGAAUUUUAGCCUCUGUCAGUUUCACUGUAGCUUUCCUGGCCAGGAGGCUCCCAGACAACUUCAAUGAGGCCAAACUAAUAACAUUCAGCAUGUUGGCCUUCCUCAGUGUGUGGGUGUACUUUAUCCCAGCCUCUCUCAGUGCCCAGGGCAAGUAUACUGUUGCCAUGGAGAUCUUUGCCAUUCUGACUUCCAGUUGGGCCCUUGUGUUCUGCAUGUUCCUCCCCAAAUGUUUCAUCAUAUUGUUCAGACCCGACAUGAACUCUAGAGAAAAACUUAUGGGUAAAUAGACAGAUACUUAAUAAAAACAUCAGAAAAUUACAAACAUGAACACUAAUCACUUUUCUUUCAAUCCCAUCUCACUACGCAAUGCCUUCUUCUGUA